AAAACGGAGGACGAAUUAUUCCGCAAAAAACUCAUCACAUUCGAGCAGUUCUCGGAAAAUCCUCAAUUACUGAACGAUAAGAAUUUGAUCUUAAAAUGUAACAAUCGAUAUUACACCUGGCCCAACGCUGCGCCUUUAAUCACUUCCUUAAUUGUGUUCAAUAAACCGCUUCCUGAAACAACGGAAACGAAAUCAUCUGGCGAUCGUUUGGAAGACUUGAGUUCACCAGAUCGACGGAAAUACAGUUUACGAAAUUGGAGUCAUUGGUGGACUCGAUCUGCUAGUUCGCAACAUACAGGUUCGAAAGAAAUAAUUAAAGAGGAUCCUAAAAAUGAAGACAAGAAAGAAGCUACUUCUCAAGAUGCAAAAAAACCGACAAAAUUUUAUGCAAAAACCCUCCGUCUAACUUCUGAUCAACUGAAAAGUCUCAACCUAAAAAAAGGUGUCAACACCAUGUCCUUUUCGGUUCCCUCAUCAUAUCAAGGCAAGGCUACUUGCGCGGCAAAACUAUUCUUUUGGGAUUAUGAUGUUCAAAUUGUUAUAUCUGACAUUGAUGGAACCAUCACAAAGUCCGAUGCACUUGGUCAUGUCUUUACAAUGAUAGGAAGGGAUUGGACUCAUUCGGGGGUUGCAAAAUUAUAUUCGGACAUUCGAAGAAAUGGCUAUCAAAUAUUAUAUUUAACGAGUCGAGCUAUUGGUCAGGCAGACUAUACAAGGGAUUACUUGGAAAAAGUCAAACAAGACAAGUAUCAAUUGCCUGACGGUCCUGUGAUAAUGUCACCCGAUCGUUUAUUAACGGCUUUUCAUAGAGAAGUGAUAAUGCGUAAACCGGAGGUUUUCAAGAUGUCAUGUUUACGAGACGUGCAAAAGUUGUUUGGGGAUAGGAAUCCAUUUUUCGCAGGAUUUGGAAAUCGGAUAACGGAUGCCUUAUCUUAUCGGAGUGUGAAUGUAUCGCCGUCGAGAAUCUUCACUAUUGAUUCUAAUGGUGAAGUAAAACUCGAGUUACUAUCGGGAUAUAAGUCUUCAUACGUUGAUUUAAGUGAUCUGGUUGACCAAAUGUUUCCUCACAUUGGCAGUAACAAGUGGGAUACAGUGUACAACGACUGGAAUUACUGGAAAUCUGACAUUCUGGAGGUCGAACUUCCUCCGGAAAUAUAUGAUACAAUGGCAUUGACACCAUCGUCACCAAAAAUAUCCCCCGAUUCUCCAAGAUUAGGAAUGAUUCGAACGUUAACCGGAGGUAUUUCCGGCGGUAGUAACGGGCAAAAGUCGUCACGAAAAUCAACUCAAAAUCCCUCGUCAGGAAAGCUAGAAGGUUUCAUCCCUUCAUCUUCGCAAAAAUCAUCUGAUAAUUUAGCAAACAUUGGUGUGAAUGGUGAUUACGAGAAUGGCAUGAAUACUCUGCAGGAGAAGCGUCUAUCAUAUGUUGGAGAUGUUGACAUGCCAGGUCGAAUGAACAUAAUUCCCGAAAAUGAAGAAAUCGAAAUUCCUUACGGAUAUGAUGAAUUUGAGGACGGUGAUGACGAAGAAACACAGUAUUCGACGGAUAAUCAAGACAACGAAUAUGAAUACUCGACCGAUGAUCAGGAUGACGAAUAUGGAGACGAAGAUAUACCCGCGGAAAUUGAUUUGUCGGACAUACCCUAUUAG